GUGUUUCCGUGGAAUUUCCCCGCUGUGGAUCUUCAAAUCUAAGGCUUCUUUUUAUCCAAACUCCCCCUUUCCCCCCCUGAAUCGGACGAAUUACAUGGUCGAUCAAUCAACUAAUCUUCCGACGGGAUCUUUUCAGCGUGGCGAACACUGCCUUAUCUGAACCAUGACAGCUUGACUUACAGGUCGCAGACGGUCUCUUUGGAGUAAUUGAUCCAGUCGUGGUUGAUCAAUUAAUUCCAAGGAGCAUGCGGUUAUUUCUUUGUUGCUCGUCUCCAUUGCGCCUUGGCCACCAGAAACGCCCCGUUGAUUUGCCCACGAUUUAAUCCGAAACAUUCCUCCCAAAUUUUUGUCUCCUGAAUAGGAAAAUGAGCCUCACACUCCCUCAUCGACCAUCCGAUGACGCUGCUCGUUCGCUUCCGACGUCCAGUUCUUCCAAAAGCAAUGGCAUACCCCGGUUAUCUCCCUCCCCGUCAUUUGUUCACAACCGAUCCGUGAGCAACUCCGGUAUCUCCGUGCGUGGUUAUGAGCCGAACCUCGCCGCUCCCCCUGCAUUUAGACCGCGAAAAUGUAAAUCGCAAUACCCUCGUGAUUCAUCAGAGCGCCAUGUCGAAUACAUCCUCGUUGCCUCCUUCCACAUUGACCGGGGCCCCAUCAUGGAACACCAAUACCCCGCCCCUAUCAGUGGUGACGAAAGCAUGUUGGCCGAGCUGAUGCUUCCGGAUCAAACUCACGUCCGAAGCCAGGAUUGGACAAUCUUUUUCUUGCACAAGGACUCAAAUGCCGACCAGGAUGAUGACGACUCAUUCGGGGCAAAGAAGAAAAAGAAGAAGACGAAGACGAAGAAGUUUAGAGCAUCCCAUGACGGCGAUGGGGCCGCUGGCAGUGAAGAGGACCAAGAUGGGUCUGGCAAGGAAGAGGAGAGCAGUGAUGACGAAGAUGAGGGUGGCGAGGGACCACCGUUGAUGUAUGUUCUGAAUCUUGUAAAUACAAAACAAGACCAUACAGUCAAAAGAGGUGCGGUUGUGAAGGCCAUGGCUAUAUGUACACGCCACUCAUUCCUCCAUAUCUAUAAGCCCUUACUUCUUCUAGCCUUAGAAGACUAUUUUAAGAACCCUUAUCUGGAAACGCUAGCCUUGUUGUACAAUGCUUUGAAUGCCAUGGAUCUUUCUCUGCUCCCCAAGCUGUCCCUUUUAGAGCGACAGAUAUUGCAGGCUAGCAACUGCAAGGAUAUGUUUAUCGAAAAGUUCGAGCAGAUGAUCCGCCAGCGAAUUGAGGAGGAAGGAGAGUCAUCCGACCCGGACUCCCCUGCUUCACCCAAGAAGCAGGCACCUAAGUACACGCUUCCUCGAGAUACUCAUGAGUUUGAGUCUAGGAUUGUUUAUAAUGAUAUCCCUAUUCCUGUCAAGGUACCCACGGUGAUCUGGCCUGAGGUUGUGGGGGAUUUUUCUCUCAUCAAGCUCAUCCAAACCUUCUCCGGUCCCCAUAGUGCAUCCCCCCAGCCCUUUCCAAUCCACCCUCACCUUACCACCAGCGGUCCCUAUACCCAUCCCAUCAUAAUUCUUGUCAACGCGAUGUUAACCCAAAAACGUGUGGUGUUUCUGGGUCAUAAUCGCCCUUCAGGAGAGGUUGCAGAGGCAGUGCUUGCUGCUUGCGCACUCGCGUCAGGUGGGAUUCUGCGUGGAUUCACCAGACAUGCGUUCCCUUACACGGAUCUGACCAAAAUUGAUGAUCUCCUGAAGGUUCCCGGCUUCAUUGCCGGUGUGACCAAUCCUACGUUUGCUAAUCAUCCCGAGUGGUGGGAUGUGCUCUGUGAUCUUCCUACGGGCAGAAUCAAAAUCAGCAGUCAUGUUGAGCCUGCACCGAUCACAGAAGGACUCUUGUAUUUUCAGCAACAAGCCUCGUUGAACCAUCUCCACUCCUCGAACCUGAACUCUGAUCCUACAGGAGACAAUCUAUUUAUGGAAGAUGUUCAGCGCAGCAUUACCAACCGCCACGGCGAGAAUGCUAUCCGAGCCAAAUGGCGUGCCUACAUCUUGAAGUUCGCACGCGUCGCUUCCGCCUUCGAGGAAACAGUGUAUGGCGCCUCGAAUCUCUAUAUCAUAGGCCCCAAUGAAGAGCUGUCCCCGGAAAGCCCCAGCGGGGUUCAAGCGGACCCAUUAGACCCUACGACACUGCGAGGACAUGGCCACGUCUGGCCUGACGAGUUAUCGAAACAACGCGAAUUGAUGGCAUCGGUCUCCCGAAUCGAAGGAUGGCGGACAACACGCUCGUAUUACUCUUUCAUCCAAGAUAUCGCAGCCAUAUAUUAUCCUACGCGGCCGAUUAUUAAGCCAGACCUUCACCACCACCAUGAACGGCUCCGGACCCUAAAACUAUCUUCGCCUGAAGCGGGGGCUAUUUACAUCGCCUUCUCUUAUGCUGUCAAAGACUACGCUGGCAUUUGCCAGCUCCUAACGGUCACGCCGGAAAACCAAGCCGGCCUCUUUUACCUGGGCAUGGGACUCUUCCACCCUGAUCAGACGGUCCGCGAGGCGACGGUGGACCUUUUGGAGCGGAUCAGCAAACAUCCUGCUGGCCAACACUUUUGGAAUCAACUUAACCGGUUCGCAAAAUUGGCCUUUUUCCGAGUAAAGCGUGAGCGAGACGCAUCGCAGAGUCCCAUCUCCGGACCGGAAUCGGGAUUCGGAGCACCCCAGAGUCUGGUUGGGGUGGCGAUGGGUGACGGGCCACGGUGAAACUCGUUGGCUAUAUCUUCGGAUACACGACUGAUGAGGUAGCUGGGUCUCGUGCCUCACCCUUGCUCCUUAGUCUCUUAUAUGCCUCCUUGGAUCGUUUCGCUUGACUGCUUAACCACUUAUACCCAAGAUACCAGAAAAUCUACCAAGAUACAUCAUGAUUAUGACCGUUCUAUAUAGCCCCUACUUCUUCUUGUCAUUUAUUGGAUAUGUUUCAUUCGUUUGUU